GGCUGGAGUCGCGCGUGCAGCUCUCCGGGAGGCAGCUGGGCGUCCAGAGCCGCGGCCGCAGAGCGCAGCUGGCAGGGGCUCUCUCCUGGGCACGCACUUGCCUCCUCUGGGGCCUCCAGGAGCCUCUCGGCGCUCUCCUUGCCAGUCUGGCCCCAGCAAGCACGGGCAGUGGCCUGGGCUGCAUUUGCCGCUACUCGCUGUGUCCGGGACAGAGGGACGCCUGCCCUGUCACGUGUGUCCAAGUCCUCCGCCAGCCGGGGCAGCGUGGUUCCCAUGGUUCAAGGCUGUUGAUGGAGAAGUGGGCGGAUGACAGCCGGGACUGUGGUCAUCACUGGGGGCAUCUUGGCAACUGUGAUUCUUCUCUGUAUCAUCGCAGUUCUGUGCUACUGUCGGCUUCAGUAUUACUGCUGCAAGAAGGACGAAUCCGAGGAGGACGAAGAGGAACCCGACUUCGCUGUGCACUCACACCUGCCGCCCCUGCAUUCCAACCGCAACCUUGUGCUGACCAACGGGCCUGCUCUCUACCCGGCUGCCACCACCUCUUUCAGCCAGAAGUCCCCACAGGCCCGGGCCCUCUGCCGCAGCUGUUCCCACUACGAACCACCCACCUUCUUCCUGCAGGAGCCAGAGGACGACGACUUUGAGGGUGUUCGCAACGGCGGGGGCCGAGUGGCCUACAAAAGCAUCAGCCAGGAGGACGUGGAGCUGCCCCCAGCGACCUUCGGGGGCCUACAGGCGCUCAACCCCAACCGCCUCUCUGCCAUGCGUGAGGCCUUUUCCCGAAGCCGCAGCGUUAGCACUGACGUGUGACAGACCUCCAUAUUGCCUAGGCAUCCAGCCCUGGAAGGUCUUGAGAUCAUGGCCGGAUCCCCGUGGCACACCCUAGUCCCAUGCCCAGACCUCUGCUCAGCCACAUCUU